AGUAUUAUCAUUUUUCGUUUUUGCUGUUGGGUUUUCUACGAAGGUAAAUUCCAAUUUCUCACGUAAUAAUGAAAUAUGUAUUACUUUAUCUUUACCACAAAAACACGAUUGAGAUAUGUCAUAGUGCUUCUCUUGUUGGUUAUGAUAAAGAAAAAAGGCCAUUAAUUGAUAACGAUGCAAUUGUUAAUGUGAAGUGGGUCGGUGAAGGAAACGGUGACUCUAAGCCUAUUCAGGCUGUUGACAAUAGACUGAAUAGUAUUGUGAGUAAUGUUAAUAUUGAAAAUAAAAUUAAAAAUGAAGAAUGUGUAGACAUAAGUGAGAUAGGCCUUUUAAGGCCUGAAGUACAUCUUCGGGUGGAUGACGAAAUUUGUGAAAAUGAAGAUGAUAUAAGAACAUAUCCAGCUAAAGUAAUAGCAUUUGCGGACACAAGAGAAGAGUUGCUUCAUGUAAAUCUUCCAGAACCUGCUUUGGAAGGAACCUCUCUGACUUGCAAGUCUGAAUUUAGAAAUGAAAGAAGGAAGCAACUUGAGAAUAACAUUUAUAUUACACCAGACAAAAGUGUUAUUGAAACUAUUAAAAUACCAGAGGUUGCAACAAUCAAAAUAAAGAAGGAAAUUACAUGUUUGUCAUCUUCAAGUGAAAGUGAAGAAAAUUGUGAAGAGAAAUUAAAACAAGAAAACUUUUUCAGUAUAGAAAAUGAAGAGUUGAAACAAGUAGCAAGUGAUCUGGAUAGUAAAAUUAGCACUAGUACAUCUUCCAAAAGACACAAGUGUAAUGAAUGUGAAAAAUAUUUUGAAUCACAAAAGGUUUUGCAAAGACAUCAAAAACUCCACAAAUCAGAAAAUUUUGAAAGUGAGAAACAUAACUGUCAAUACUGUGAGUAUUCAUCAGAUAACUCCAGUAGUCUUCUUCAACACAUGUUAACACAUAAACAAAAACUAGAGUAUAAAUGUGAUGUUUGUGGGAAAACUUUUAAGCAAAACAGAAGUUUAAAAAAGCACAAGCUGCAGCAUGCUGGAACAAAGCCAUUUAGAUGUGACACCUGUGAUAAAAGCUUUACCAGAAAAGAUCACUUACGGGAACAUCAGGUUAUUCACACUGGAGAGAGUCGAUUUAUUUGUGAUGUUUGUGGAAAGAAGUUUACACAAAAUAAUCACUUGAAACAACAUCAGCUGAUUCAUACAGGAGAGAGACCAUUCUGUUGUGACAUUUGUGGUAAAAGAUUUACACAAUGUAGAUAUUUAAAACAGCACAAUUUGAUUCACACAGGUGAAAGACCAUACAGGUGUAAUGUCUGUGGUGAAGGUUUCACAAGAAGAAAUGAUUUGAAAAGACAUCAGAUGAUCCACACUGGAGAGAGACCAUUUGCAUGUGAUCUCUGUGAUAAGAGGUUUAGAGAAAAAAAUGUCUUGAAACAACAUCAGUUAUUACAUACUGGAGAAAAACCAUUUAACUGUGAUGUUUGUGGAGAGAGUUUUGCUCUGAAAAAUUACUUAGAAAGGCAUAAGUGGCAGCAUUCUACUGAGAGACCAUUUACAUGUGAUGUUUGUGGAAAAGGAUUUGUACUGCUUGGACGCUUGAGGGAACAUCAGUUUGUACACAUGGGUGAACGUUCUGCCAUUUGUAGUAUAUGUGGAAUUAGUUUCACACAAGAGGUAAGCUUAAAGAAGCAUCAGGUAAUGCAUCAGUUAUUACAUACAGGAGGAAGACCAUUCAAAUGUGAUGUUUGUCACAAACGUUUUACACAGAAAGGUAAUUUAAGGCGGCAUCAAAUGAUACAUGUUCGAGAUGGAGACCUACAGGAAUUUUCUCUUCCACAUGUAAUAAUGAAGUAUGUUUUACUUUAUUUUUAUCACAAAAACACGGUUGAGAUAUGUCGUAGUACUUCUGUUGUUGGCUAUGGGAAAGAAAAAUGUCCAUUAAUUGGUGUAAAUGUUAAAGUGAAAUGGACAAGUGGAGGAUGGGUCGGCUCUAACACCAACAACAUUACUAAUAGUAAUACUACUAAUGCUAGUAUUAGUAGUAAGCAUACUGACAAGAACAUUGUUAUUAAUAAUAAAAAAUGUGUAGAGAUCAGUGAGAGAGACCUUUUUAGACCCAAAAUAUGUCUUAGAGUGGAUGGCAAGGAAUUUCAUGAAGAUGAAGAUGAAAUAGUAACAUAUCCAGCUAAAGUCAUAGCAAUUGCAGACACGAGAGAAGAGUUACUACAUGUAAAUCUUCCAGAACCUGCUUUGGAAGGAACUUCUCUGACUUGCCAGUCCAAGUUAGGAAAUGAAAGAAGGAAUCAAACUGAAAAUCACAUAUAUAUUACACCACAUAAAGAGGUUAUUAAAACCAUUAAGACACCAGAGAUAACAACAACCAAAAUAAAGAAAGAACCACCAAGUUUGUCAUCUUCAAGAGAGAACAAAGUUGAAGAAAAUUGUGCUGAGAAUUUAACACAAGAAAAUGAUACCAAUAUAAGAAAUGAAGAGUUGAAACAAGUAGGGAGCAAUCGGGAUACAAAAGUUAGCAGCAGUACAUGCUCUAAUGAAUGUGGAAAAUAUUUUUCAUCACAAAAUGAAAAACUCCUCAAGUCGGAAAAUUUUGAAAGUGAGAAACAUAACUGUCAGUACUGUGAGUAUUCAUCAGAUAACUCCAGUAGUCUUCUUCAACACAUGUUAACACAUAAACAAAAACUAGAGUAUAAAUGUGAUGUUUGUGGGAAAAGUUUUAAGCAAAACAGAAGUUUAAAAAAGCACAAGCUGCAGCAUGCUGGAACAAAGCCAUUUAAAUGCGAUACCUGUGAUAAAAGCUUUACCAGAAAAGAUCACUUACGGGAACAUCAGGUUAUUCACACUGGAGAGAGUCGAUUUAUUUGUGAUGUCUGUGGAAAGAAGUUUACACAAAAUAAUCACUUGAAACAACAUCAGCUGAUUCAUACAGGAGAGAGACCAUUCUGUUGUGACAUUUGUGGUAAAAAGUUUAUACACUGUCGAAACUUAAAACAACAUCAUUUGAUUCACACAGGUGAAAGACCAUACAGUUGUAGUGUCUGUGGUGAAAGUUUUACUCUAAGUCAUGACUUAAAAAGACAUCAGAUGAUUCACACAGGAGAGAGACCCUUUGCAUGUGACCUCUGUGAUAAAAGGUUUAGAGAUAGAAAAAUCUUGAAACAACAUCAGUUAUUACAUACUGGAGAAAAACCAUUUCACUGUGAUGUUUGUGGAGAAAGUUUUGCUCUGAAAACUUAUUUAGAAAGGCAUAAGCUGCAGCAUGCCACAGAAAGACCAUUUAAAUGUGAUGUUUGUGGCAAAGGAUUUGUACUGUUUGGACGCUUAAGAGAACACCAGUUUAUACACACGGGUGAACGGUCUGUUAUAUGUGGUGUAUGUGGAAAAAGUUUCACACAGGAGGUAAGCUUAAAGAAGCAUCAAUUACUGCAUACUGGAGAAAGACCAUUCAGAUGCGAUAUUUGUCAGAAAAGUUUUACACAGAAAGGUAACUUAAGACGACAUCAAAUGAUACAUGUUCGAGGUAGCGAAAUUCAGAUGUAAUAUAUUAAUUGUGUUCUCUCAAAAUAGAUAUUGUUUGAAGAAUGGUUUCCACUGCACAGAAAAUUUCUGUAAAUGAUUUUAAGUGAACAUUUAAAAUUACUAAAACAGAAAGUAGAAAUUCUUUGCUAAUGACUAGUUGGGAAAAGCAUUUAUUUAAAUGAAACAUUCAAAACCCUCAUUGACACAUUUUAUAAAUCAAAUGUUAGUAA